ACCGCUUCCACGUGUAGAAAACUUGUAAACAAAUAUACUCAAAAGCAAAGCACAGGAAACAAUUAUCAAACAUAUCAUAUAUGUAUGCAUCAAAUGAAGUCCGUGUGUUUGUUAAACAAUUUGAUAAUACUAUUCGAAACACCAACGAUAGUGCUAAUCUUAAAAUUAUAUGUGCAGACAUUGAAAAACUUAUAAAAUAUGAAAAUGAAACAGAACUCAAAUGUUUUUCAUUUUCAAAUUAUUCAGAAUCAAGAGCAUGUUUUAUAAGAAAUUUUUAUAUGUCAGUUCUGAAAAGUGCUCUUAAUAACAUUUCAACAGACACCCCGAAACAUUUAUCAGUCCAUGCACUGAGUGCCUUUUUACAGUUCCUAUUUUUGAAUGGAAACUACAAGGAUUCUCUCUUAACAUUAGCAUGGGGAAUUAAUGAAUUCAGACCAUCUUAUAGACUGAAUAAAUGUGUAUCUCUGUUGGAGGAGUUUCUCAGUUCUCAUGUUCUGUGCAAGAUUUUCAAGCAGCAGUGUUCAGUCACCAGUCAAGCGGAACAGACUUAUGUUUGGGAUGAGUUGAUUAAUGCUAUUACAAGUUUGCCUGAUAAAACAGCAAAUAAACUGCAAUCACAAAAUAGUGAAUUAUUUUACCCUAAAUGUUACAUAACACUGGUGACUAAAGAUAUUAUAACAGUACUGGAAGAUAUGGUCACAUCGGUCAAAGCUAAUAAAGAUAUCCACCUAGAAUUUAUAAGUCGACUUAUUGGGAAACUCUGUAUAACAGGUUAUGCUGAUAUGUUGAUGGAAGUUAUGGUUGGUUCUCUUGCUCCUGUUUUAAAAGAAGAUUUUAUAUGGUGUAGAAUCUGUGAGAGGAUCAUCACUGGGGUACCAGAUAGAUGUCUCGAAAGUGUUUUAUUAUCAAUGAUAGACAAGUUACCAUGGUAUGGUUUAAUGGACAAAUUUCUAGGUGACAGCAUUUUAAAGAAACAAAAAAUUCAGUACUUGCUGUGUACAAAAGUACUGCUCUUUAGACACUCUGAAAAGAUUCAUAUCUUACAAAAUGUACUGGGUUAUUUAGGAACAUCACAUACAAGAAGACAUCUACUCAUAAAGUCCUUUAAGGAAUUGUUGAGUGUAUGGGGAGACAAUAGUGCCAUAAGACACACCUCACCAGAGCAACAUCUGUACCUCACCAGAGCUUUGUUCAUAAGUUUGGGGUUCCUUACAGAAAAAGACAAAGAAAAUCAUAAAGAUGAAUUGAUAAGACUUAUCAUGCCUGGUGUACAAGCCCACAUAGGAAACUCAGAACACAAGAUCAGAAAACAAGGAAUGGUUUUAGCAGAAACUUUAGCUUCAGUUAUAGAUCCUAAUGGUCCUAAACUGAAGUUUGAGUAUGAGAAAGAUAAAGAGACUGUGGCAUUAUUGGAUCUGAUGAUACCCCCUUCUGAUCCUGGUUUAGAACAGUUACAAAAAAAAUUUGAAGCAAUACAGUUAGAGCAAAAAGCAGAAACUAAAAUGAUGGACACAGACCAUAAAACAGCUAAACAGAUGGAAACUAGAACAAAUGUAGAUUCUGAUUUAGAUAGUGAUGAUGAUUUAGUGCCAUAUGAUAUGUCAAAUGAUGUAAAAGUUACACAGGUCAAAGAACCAAAAUAUAUUAGAGAUUGUAUGGAAGGGCUGAUAUCUAAUGAUGAACCAGAGAGAACAGAGAUAUGUCUCAAGUGCGCUGAGGGGUUGAUCAGGAAACAUCCAGACGGCUUAGAGGAGAUAGCUACUGAAUUUACAAAAGUUCUGUUACACUUGGGAGAUAAGUAUGCUAUACCUGGAUAUACACAACAGAGAUUUAAAGCUAUGGUGUCACUUACAGUCUGUGUUCCAAUACAGGUUGCUGACUAUCUGACAGCAGAGUUCUAUGACAGAAACUAUAAUCUUAGACAGAGAAUGGAUAUAUUAGAGGUUUUAGCAUCAGCAGCACAAGAACUAUCACAGCCUGCAGAACAACCAGUCAUAAAUACCUCUGAUAAAAAGAUUGUAGAGGUUGAGGAAGAUACCUGGCAGAGUAUUGUACAGAAGAGGAUAGAAAGUAAAACUAGGAAGUUCAGUAAGGGGAAAAGUAAGCCAGAACUACAGAAAACUAUGAAUAGAUUUGCUCCAGUGGCUGGUCAUUUUUUCUAUCCACUAAUGACAAGAUUUGACAGAAAGGAGAACACGUUUGACAUGUUAGGAGAAGAUAGCCUUGUACUAGGCAGACUAAUCUACACUUUAGGAGUAGUCAUGUAUUCUGCUAUUAACUCACCUACAGUCAAACAGAUGGCGACUGUUUUGUUAGAAUUCCUCUGGAUCUUACGUUUUCAUCAGGAUCAAAGUGUGAGACAUUCUAUAUUGUUCUGUUUGUCAAUGGUGAUGCUGUCAGUACCAGGCCAUGUUUUACUGUCUCAACUUCAGUCAGAAAUAAUGGAAGCAAAACAGUGGCUGGAAGAUGUCGUCCAGAAAGAUCCUGACACAGAAUCUAAAAGACUUGCUCUCCAGUGUCUUGUUUUAUUAGAAAAUACCAUUAAGCAGGAGUUUACAGGUGAGGAACCUGCCUGAUGUAUGCAAAAAAAAAGGAAAAGUUAAUAGGUACCAAGACUGCAAACAACUUCUGAAAGUUUGAAGGACGAUAUUGUUUAUGAAUUUUAUGCAGGACAAUAAACUGGACAACUAUAAUCUAGAAUAUGAAGCUUUUAGAGUUAAAGGAAUAGAUGGAUUUUGUUGCUUUCUAAUGUUAUUUGCCAUUUCAAAUUCCAUCUGACUAUGGGUAAUUUAUUCCAUUGUUUAUUCCCAGAAAUGAAAGUAGUAUCAUGCUGUUGGUUGAAUUUCCAAUAUUUUUAACUAAUCACAACAUUUUAGUAUAGGUUUUUUUCCUGGUCUGCAACAAAAGUUGUGGAAGCUAGACUAAGGCUUACAGCUUCCAGCCUAAGCGACAUCAACAAAUGAUAAAAAUUUGGGAUUAGUUUACACAGGCAUGAUAUAUCUAUUUGUGUUAGCAGUUUAUGAAAAUUUUACCUAGAAUGCUUAAAAUUCUGAAGUUGGGAAUGAUUUGCAAGUACUGGUAUUUGAUUUUAAAUCUACUAUCUGACUGUUGUUUAAUGAUAAGAAUGGAAUUAAAGAAUAUUGUUAAGUUU